ACCUGAGGACAACACUGAGUGGUCAGGUUGGUGAGCGGGUGUGGGUGGUUAGAAGAAAAGAAAAUUGAGGCUCUUUAGGCUGAGGUUUAGGCACCCAUGGGUGGCGAUGCUAGAGGAAGCACAGGGAGACGUCAGGAUGCUUUAUAGUGAUUGGCUCAGGACCUGGGAUACCAAUCCUGUCUUUCUCAUUAGGUGCGGUAUGGACAAGAGGGAUAGGAUAAAAUCAGGAACUGCCCCGCGGAUGCCGGCUUCACGACCCCCUGGCCUUCUGACCCCUAGGCCUCCUUCAGGGUCUGCUCGACCUCCUCCCCCUGUAACCACUGCUGCCCUCCGAGUCUUGGAAGCAAACGGAGCUAUGGGGCGAAGGCCUCUGGUGGAGCGAGCCCCAGGCGUCUGCAAAGCGGCUCUUCCACAGACCAGCAAAGCGGCUCUUCCACAGACCGGCAAAGCGGCUCUUCCACAGCCCAGCAAAGCGACUCUCCCACAGCCCAGCAAAGCGACUCUUCCACAGACUACUAUUCACGGGCCACCAGCACGCAGUGCUGGGGCAGGUCCUCGAAGCCCAGCCAACAGGUCCCCAGCUUCUGGGAAAGGAGAGAGGGCCCCUCUGAAGACCUCUGGCCAGAGUUCUGUUUCUAGCCCGGGGCGUGCCAGCAGUGGGAUCGCCAGACCAGGCCCCGUUGUCCAGAAGGGACUCCAACCUCUGACUAAGGAACCUGUGGUCAGAGGUAAAACAUCAGAGACGCCCAAAAGGAAUACUCUGAGCUCUGGAACACGAAGAGUUUUAUCUGCAGAUUCUUUAGGGCCCACCUCAGGAGCCCCCUCCCCCGCCAUCACCCGUCGGUCAAGGGCCCCAGCUACAGAGAUGGGACUUCCUCAAUCAGCUCCCAGUGCCAGACAGCGUCCUCUAACCACCGAGGCAUCCAGGAAACCUGUGACCAGUGCUUCUGAACCCAGUGCCACGGAGCCGAGCCCAGUCAUUAGGAGGCGCUCUGUCGCUGGUGGCAGCCUGCAAAAGUCGGUCUCCCGUUCACUGAUCCCCAGUGCUACUCCUCAGCUCUCCCCAUCCCGCUCCGGGGUCUCACCGCGUGGAACCCCACGGGCUCCUGUGCACACCUCGCAGCUCAAGUCGAAAGGGCAGCAAGCUCUGCACCCAACCCAGACCACAGUCCCAAGGAAGAACAGGCCCUCUGUACAGAGCCUGAAUCCUGCUUCAUCUUUAGUCACGCCUGCUUCAUCUGGUGCUUCCUCUGUUCAGGUCCCAGAAGAUCCCUUGCAGACCACACUUCCUCCCUCUCCACCUGCCACCCCGCCUCUACCUGCUUCAUUUCAACUACCCCAAGCACAAGCCUCUUCACAGGCAAUGCCCUCACAGUCUGGACAUGGCUCACCGUCACCUCCCCCACUUUCUCUGCAGAACCUCCCCUCUCCACCAGCCACACCGCCUUUGCAAGCUCCACCCACAUGUCUGGGUACUGAAGAGGCCUCUGACUCACCCCCACCAAGAGCUGUAAUGUCUCCAUCCCUCCCUCCCCUUAUACAGAGUAUGCCCCCCAACCAGGCUUCUUCAGUAUCACAGCCUCAGGAGACUCUCUUGGCCACGCCUUCCUCACCUACUCCUCUACCUCUAGCCACGCCUCCUCCACAACUCCUUCCUUCUCCGCCAAUUUCCCCGCAGAAUUUGCCCACUCCCAUUGCCACACCCUCUCAAUUGCCGCUCUCCACUCUAACUGCUCCCCCUUUCCAGGCCAACUUUUCUGUGUCUCCGCCCCUCCCCCAGGCCACACCCUCUAAUCAAACCACCCCACCUUUACAAGACCCUCUGUUUCUGGCCAUUUCUCCUCCAGUUUCUUCCUCUACCUCCACUUUACCACCUGUGCUUGCCCCUCCCUCUGCCGUGGUCACGCCUCCUCUGGUGUUCCCACCUUCUCCGACUUUGCCCAUUUCACAGGCCUCUUUGUUGACCUUGCAGCCCGCACUGGCCUCCUCGCCCCAGCAGGCCACGCCUCCUCCUUUGGCCUUGUCCCCUCUAUCCACCCAACUCUCUAUGGGCUCACUUUCCUUGCAGGCUUCGCCUUCUUUUUUGCCUACCCCCCCUAUGCAGCCACACGCUCUACCCUCGCCUCCUUUGCAGGCAGCUCCUGUUACAUACCCUUUGCCUCUUUCCUCACCCUCUGCUUCACCCCCACUGCCCGCUCUUCUCUCCCCUCCUGCCUCACCUCCUCUGGAGGGCCCUCUUUCUCCCUCAGCCUCACCUUCGUCUCCCUUGGCAACUCCCCCUCCAGAAGCCCCACCUUCACUGGGCUCACCCACUCUUUCACCCCUGGCCACGCCCCCUCCUCAAGCCCCACCUCUGACCUUGCCCCCUCUGCCAGCUUCCACCACCUCCCUGGACACAACCGUAAGUUCUCCACAGGAUCCCCCCUUGGCUUUGCCUCCUCUACAAACCUCUCCUUCUCCUCUGACAAUACCCUCUCCGCAGACCCCACCUUCUCUAGCCUUGCCCCCUCUGCAGUCUCCCUCCUCCCCAUUGGCCACAGCCACACCCCCCCUACAGAUCCCCCUUGUGGUUUUACCUACUUUACAGACCCCUCCUUCUCCCCUGACCACUCUCCCUCCGGGGGCCCCUCCUGGCCUGACCUCGCCCGUUGUCCAGCCUCCUUCUCCUCCUGCCUCACCACCUCUGCAAGCCCCUCGUCGACCCCCGACCCCCGGUCCAGAUGUCCCCAUCUCAGGUCCACGGCUGACCCUGGCGCUGGCCCCUGCUCCGCCGCUGCCACCCUCGCGAAGCCCCUCCAGUACGCUGAGCGGCCCGGACCUGGCAGGCCACAGCAGCAGCGCUACGAGUACACCGGAGGAGCUCCGCGGCUACGAUAGCGGGCCCGAGGGCUGCGCUACAAUCUCCCCGGCCCCGGAUGCGGAGCUAGCUGCCUGCCACCCGGCCUCCUGGAGUCGAAGUUCUGCUCCACCGUUAGCAGUGCGCGGCACUCCAGGAGUUCCCCUGCAGUGGCCUCCCACUGCUGGCCCGGGUUCCUCUGAUGGCUUGUGCACCAUCUACGAAGCCGAAGGACCAGAGUCGGUGGCCCCCACCCCUGGAUCCCUAGAUGUGGAGCCAGAACCGAGGCCUGGCUCUGGCAGUGCGAAGGUGACUGCUGCAGCCUGUGCAGGAGCAUCCUCGAGAAGCCCAAAGUCGGCUCGCCUUGGCGAGCUGCCGCUGGGAGCGCUUCAGGCAAGCGUCGUGCAGCACCUGCUGAGCCGGACACUGCUGCUAGCGGCUGCGGAAGGUGCAGCUGCCAGCAGCGAAGGUGGUUCAGGAGGCUCAGGGGGCGGUGGUGUCUCGGGAGGAUCCCGGGCUCCGCUCAGCGAUGCUGAAUUGGGUCGCUGGGCCGAAUUACUGUCUCCCUUGGAUGAGUCGCGUGCCAGCAUCACUUCAGUCACCAGCUUCUCCCCAGAUGAUGUGGCCUCCCCACAGGGUGACUGGACUGUGGUGGAAGUGGAGACUUUUCAUUGAGCCAGACCCCAACCCUGUCCAUCAUACACAUACCACUUUAGAAUCCACCCUUCUGGUUACACCUCUUUUGUCUUAGUCUCCACUCCCACUUCCUAUGCCACUUGAAUGGAUUGGUUUUUACCUCUAGAGCCCUGUGUUUGGGCCCAGGCUGUACCCUAUUCUUCCUUGGCUUAGGCUUGGAUUGUAACCACACCACACUUGGCCUAGGCCUUCCAUUUGAGCUUCUCCUCUUUGGCCUAAGCCACACCCCUUCUCCAAGGAGCCAUGUCACACCCUUAUGUUCAGUGGACAACGAUAGUUUACAUGCUUAAUGGUUUACAUGCUGGCACCUGUGCACCCUGCCCCUUAGGAGCUGGGAAAGGACCACAGAGGUAGUUCGAAGGGCCAGGCUACACCAUACCAGUGGUUAUGCCUGAGCAAAUCGGAGUUCUGGCUGAACUGACUUUUCUACAGAAAAGGGGCUGGUAAGACAGUGGCUAAAACAGUCUUGUGACUUUUCGGGUCUCACUUCUAAUGAAAAUGCUAGGCCUGGGUGGAUGAACUGGAGAGCUGCCAAAGUUCUUACUCUGGACAUGGGGUAGUUUGUGCUCCUGGGUACCCCUUGCUACAGCCCCUUUGUCCUGUUGUGCACCCUGCACUCCUUCUCUUCCAUGCUUGAGAGUUGGGCCUGAAAGAUGAACUUGAACAGAGGAAUGGUGAGUCCUUGACUUCAUCUGUUACUUCUCCAUGAUGGGUAGUGUCAAGUUGACAAAAUGUAGAAAACACCCAAAAGAGAGGCCUCUUGACACGCCUGUGGGGGAUUAACUUGCUUGGGCUGAGGUGGAAGCACCCAUGUAUUUUGGGUGGCACCAUUCCCUGGCUGGCAUACUGGAUUGUGUAAGCAGAGAGCUGGGCAUGCCUUCGAUGGUGGAUGCUGCCUUCCAGCUACUAUUGCCUUGACUUCCCCAGGGAUAGACGAUUCCCUGAACUGUGAGCCAGAAUAAAACCUUUCUCGUCUAAGUUGCUUUUGUCAAGGUAUUUUAUCAGUUGAAAAUAAACUGAGACAAUCUCCUUUUCCUUUUACCAAGAAGGCUACAGU